AAAAAAAUUAUAUAUUUAAAAAAAGAAUGCUUAAAAAUCCCACAAAAUACAUAUUUCUAUGAACACGUAAAAUUAGGGCCUUAUUUUGGAUUUAAAACUGCCCUCCUGGUCCUCCAAACCCUGGGCUGUAGCUGGGCGUUGGAACUGGGAAAAGGGGGGCUUGGUGAGCCGGCGGCUGCUCAGGCCCACCUUCCCCCAGACAGGUGAUGCUCGUCUUCACUCCCUCCCCACCUCUUGAUUGGGAAAACCCUCUUCCCCACAGCCCGGACUUGUCACCUUGCUCCUGGUUUCUUUAAUCACAGCGUUCAAGAACCUGAAAUACUCGCCCACGCAUAGGUGCCAAGUGAGACAACUUUCUCCAUGCAACAGCGCCUUUUUCUUCCCUUCCCUUCACGGCUGACUUCCACAGGGACCCCAUGACACCUGCUCCCACGUGGAGCGCCCCGCUUCCUCCAGUCCUCCCGCCCGGACGCCCUCUCUGUCAGGCCCUCCCAGCUGUGCUUCCUGCCGCCUCCACCUAGCCUGGGCUCCAUCUUCUGCCUUCAGUCCAAGCCUCCCUGUAACCACACGCAUUGAUUUCUUUCUUCCGUUCCUCCCAACUAAAAUCUCCUUUCUCCCCAGUUAAAUGGUACCCAUCCUACCAGACCAGCUUCACAUCCUCAUUUAUUCCCUGAAGGCUUCUCUGGCCGCUGUAGCCCUAAGUUUUCUCUGAGCUCUCUGUUCCACACACUUUUGCCCUUUCACUCUUCCCUGAUGGUUGCGUGUGAACCAGUCUUGUCUCUCCAGCUGUGUUGUAGGGCCCUCGCGGCGGGUGGGGGUGGGGGCGCGGUGCAUUGUGCCCCUCCUGACCCCAGCGCUCAGCCACGAGAGUGCUCACGGGUGCUGCCGUGAGUGCAGGGCGUGAACUCUGACGGUGAGUAAUACAAUGGGAGAUGAUAGUGCGGGGAAGGGGGCUGGUGGGGGGCUUCUUACUCAGAGACAGGAAAUCCCUGGGGGAGAGGAGGGAGCAAAUAGGCUCUUUGUGGAUUAACCCAGAGCGCCUUCAGGGUAGGGUUGGGCCAGGCCCCUCCCCCGCUCCCAGGUGCUGGCCCCCAGCCCCACCUGGCGGGCAGCUGACUUCUUAAAAGUUCACCCAAGGAGCGGAGGAGGAGGCCACCAGGAGGACCGGGACGAUGAGCGCUGAGCAUGGACAGCCACAGCAGUCCGGGGGCCGGAGGGGCCGGAGCUCUGGAGACAAGAAGUCCAAAAAGCGCAGCCGGCGCAAAGAAACCUACUCAAUGUAUAUCUACAAGGUGCUGAAGCAGGUGCACCCUGACAUCGGCAUUUCCUCCAAGGCCAUGAGCAUCAUGAAUUCGUUCGUGAACGACGUGUUUGAGCGGCUGGCCGGCGAGGCCGCCCGGCUGGCCCAGUACUCGGGCCGAACCACACUGACGUCCCGGGAAAUCCAGACAGCCGUGCGCCUGCUGCUUCCAGGGGAGCUGGCCAAGCACGCUGUGUCUGAGGGCACCAAGGCCGUCACCAAGUACACAAGCUCCAAGUGACCUGGGGCCCAACCUUAAUAAAGGGUGAACUGCUCCCUCGUGCUGUGGUGAUUUGAAAAAGGGAUAGAUGAAGGCAAGGUGUGCUGGGGGGCAAGGGUGUCGUCACUUUUUUGGCUCCCAAGGUGGAAGAACACUUAUUUAGACCUUUAAAAACUGCUUUCUGGGGGCUUCCCUGGUGGCGCAGUGGUUGAGAGU